AUGUCUUCGCCAACCUACAAACUGAUCAAUACCCGAAACUAUGCGCGACACCUUUGGUACACCUGUGGGCUGGUUAUGAUCCACGUAGGCGAGUUCCUCACCUUCGCUGCUGUCGUCCUUUGCGUGUUUGCAAACAUCGGUCAACUGUCCAACAACAUUGUCACGCGCAACAUUCGCUACGUCUCGGUCGACACUUCGGGUCUCGGCGACGCUCUUUCACGAAACGGCCAGUCGAUCGGCAACCUCUACGCUUCCAGCCAGUCCUCGCCCGUCGGUCAGGGUAACGGUCUCAAGGACGACUACCAGUGGGGUCUCUACAACUACUGUGCAGGCCAGGAGUCUGGCAGCCAACGAGCUUGCACUAAGCGCAACUUCGGUUUCGAAUUCCUUCCCGUCGAUGCUAUCCUCUCGGACGCUCCUCAGGAUGCGCGCCAGACGAUCCAGAACUUCCUGCCUGCCAGCACCUUCCGUGACUCCAAGUACCUCGGUGACUUUUCCAAGCCUGCCAUGUACUUGAUCUUCAUCGGCUCGUGCUUGGCUCUGGUCGCCUGGAUCGCUGGUCUGCUUUCGCACCGUUUCGCAUUCCUUGGCGCCGCUUUCAUCGCUCUCCUCUCGGCCCUCGCUCUCGGUGUCGGUGCAGCCCUGUUGACAGCCAUCUACGUCAAGGCCAAGGCCUCGGUCAACAACGCACAGUACGGUGUCGUUGUUCACUACGGAAACGCCCUUUGGAUCACCUGGGCCGCCUUUGCUGCCGUGGCCCUUUCCAUCGUUCCUUACAUCAUUUCGUGCUGCACUGGCCGAGAUGACGACUACUAA